CGUGCAUCCCGCCCUGGGGAUGAACCCCUGGCAAACACCAUUCAUCCGCUCGGCCCUCCGGACAGCUCUGCGGCCUCAGGCGCACUGCCCUCUAUAGAACGCACCGCGGCUACCCGCCGCACCUCGGAUGAAAUCCAGACUCCUUCCCAGAGCCUGCAAGGCCCCGCAUGAUCCUGCUGCCGUCCGCCUCUCCCAACCCCAUUUCCACCCCUCUCGCUCUGCUGCAGCCAGACUGGCUUGCUGACAGUUUCUCGAAAACCCCACGCUCAUUACUCUCUCAAGCACUUAACUUGUUCCCUCUGCUUGGGGUGCUUUGCUUCCAGCGUUUCCUGGGCUGCCUCUUUCUCAUCCUUCAGGUCUUAGCUCAAAUGUCACCUCAGAGAGGCCUUCCCUGACCACCAUAGCUAAAGUUACCAUUCUUAAUUCCAUUCCCUUUUAUUCCCUAUCCUGAUUAUUUUCUUCAUGGCCCCAUCACAGUUUGUAAUAAUGUUAUUAAUUUGUUUCUUUGCUUAGUGUCUGCUUCCUCCACUAAACAGAAAGCUCGAUGAGGGCAGGGACUGUGUCUGUUUUGUUCCCUGCUGUAUCCCCAGCACCUAAGGCAGUGCCUCCUAGGAAGAGUAUUCAAUAAAUAUUUAUCCUACGAUGGAAUCAAUGAAUUUAACAAUGAGUCUUUGGUCACCUAGCCAAGGGAAUGGAUCGAACCCUGCCCCUUAUGCAAAGAUUUAGGGACAGUGCCACUGCGUUAUCCUCAGGCCAGCCAUGUGACUGCCUUCCUCCCCUGCGGGCAGCAGCCGAGCAGCUACGGCAGAAGGAUCUGAGGAUUUCCCAGCUGCAAGCGGAACUCCGACGGCCACCCCCUGCCCCUGCCCAGCCCCCUGAACCCGAGGCCCUGCCUACUAUCUAUGUUGUUACCCCCACCUAUGCCAGGCUGGUACAGAAGGCAGAGCUGGUACGACUGUCCCAGACACUGAGCCUGGUGCCCCGGCUGCAUUGGCUGCUGGUGGAGGAUGCUGAGGGUCCCACCCCGCUGGUCUCAGGGCUGCUGGCUGCCUCUGGCCUCCUCUUCACACACCUGGUGGUCCUCACGCCCAAAGCCCAGCGGCUUCGGGAGGGCGAGCCUGGCUGGGUUCAUCCCCGUGGUGUCGAGCAGCGGAACAAGGCCCUGGACUGGCUCCGGGGCAGAGGGGGUGCUGUGGGUGGGGAGAAGGACCCACCACCACCAGGGACCCAAGGAGUCGUCUACUUUGCUGACGAUGACAACACCUACAGCCGGGAGCUGUUUGAGGAGAUGCGCUGGACCCGUGCUGUCUCAGUGUGGCCUGUGGGGCUGGUGGGCGGCCUGCGAUUCGAGGGCCCUCAGGUACAGGACGGCCGGGUAGUGGGCUUCCACACAGCAUGGGAGCCCAACAGGCCCUUCCCUGUGGACAUGGCUGGAUUUGCUGUGGCCCUGCCCUUGCUGUUAGAUAAGCCCAAUGCCCAAUUUGAUUCCACCGCUCCCCGGGGCCACCUGGAGAGCAGUCUUCUGAGCCACCUUGUGGAUCCCAAGGACCUGGAGCCACGGGCUGCCAACUGCACUCGGGUACUGGUGUGGCAUACACGGACAGAGAAGCCCAAGAUGAAGCAGGAGGAGCAGCUGCAGCGGCAGGGCCGGGGCUCAGACCCAGCAAUUGAGGUGUGAUGGCGGCCCCACCCCAACUACCACCUCUUUUCAGGCACAGACCUUGUGGGACUGGGCCCCAGGCCUGCCCAGGAUGUGGUUUUCCAAGUCCUGACCCUUGGAGCCAGAAGUGGCCCCUCUGCCCCUCCAGGCCCAGGGCAUGGUCCUGCUGCUUCACCCCUCCCCUAGCCUGCCGUGUGGCACUGCCCACAGGCUGGGGACAAGCAGCCCUUGUAUUGAGUCAGGUUGGCCCUGUCUAGGUUGGAACAGAAGGACAGAUGGACCCAGGAGGGAGGGCAGCUGAGUAACUGGGUAACUUAUUGGGGCUGGGCAUGCACUGGGGGGCUGGAGGAGCUGGGCUGGACCCUCCCCACCUGAGCAUGCUGACCCCCUUCCUACCUCCAGAAUAAAGAAUUUCAACCUGGA